CCCUGCACACCUCCCCCACCCGCCCCAUAUGGGCCUUGACCCGCCCCCUGCGCGCGCCAGGCUGCCCGGGCCGGUGGUGCGCGGGGUCCCUGGCUGCCUCAGCGUUGUGCCCGCGCGCGGGGAGCAGGGGCGCGAGCCGGGCCCGGCGCAGAACGCGGGCGGGCGGGCGGGCGCGCGCGCGCUCCUCCUUCUCCCUUUCACGCGCGCACGCAGGUGCCGGGCCGCCCCGCUCCGCUCCCCGCCGCCGGGCCGGCCCCCGGCGGGAUCUCGGCGCGUCUCCGGCAGGAGCUGGGGCCCGCCGUGGCGGGCGGGAUAGAGCAGCCGCCGCCGCCCCGACCCACGUGAGGAGCCGAGACGGGCCGUCAGCCGCAGGAGCCUCCUGCAGCGGCUGGCACCGGGAGCUCCGGCCGGCGGGAGGAGCCCCUCUGUCCCCGGGGCGAUUGCUGCCCCGCUGCCCCGAGCGCUCGCCGCCUGCGCCCGGGGCUGUCGUGCUACCCUCCUCCUCCUUCCCCUUGUGAGACCGUCCCUUCCCUGCCCCCCGCCUCGCCCUCCACCGCCCCUGCGCCCUGCGGCGGGCAGCUGCCCCGGUUACCUUGGGGGGAGGCAGGGGGCGCUGCAGCCCCCGCCCCAUGCACGUGAGCCCUGCGGGGUGGAUGUGCCGAGGAGGAGCCGCCGGGUCAGCCCAGCCUUGGCUUUCGGGGGAUGCCCAGCGGGGCAGCGAUGACUUGAGGCUGCGCUUUGCCAUGGAUGGGAUGACAUGCUUCGUGGUUGCUUUGGUGACGCUGGUGUGCUGGUGCCCGGCUCAGCCUGGGUGCAUCGCCCGCCGCCCGGCCCUGCGAACGGGUCUCCUGGUGCUGCUGCCUCUGCUGCUGUCCGUGCCGGGCUUCCUGAGCUCCCCGAUAGCAGGUGGCUUAUCCUUGGAGCAGCAAAAUCUUUCCUUAGUCUCAGUGGGAUCUGAACUACAUCAAAGUACAGUGAGCAGCAUGGCACACAUGGCCUUAACACAAAGCACAGUAGAAUCCCAAGAAAAUAAUUUUCUUCAUGUGGUUUUAUCAUCACUUACCACUCCCUUUGAUAUGACUUUAUUUGACCAAGAAAGAAUGAGGAGAAGUGAAGAAGGAAGAACUAUGCCAGUAGGAGAUGGCACAGUAACUAGCAAUGAAGCAUUUUUAAGUGACCAUGGAUUGAUGAGCUCCUUUUCGAAUGAACAGUGGACUCCUUCACUAAAGUCUAUUACAAUGGAGUAUAGUUCAGAUAAUUCAGUAGAGCCACCAAGAGAAACCUUAGAAACUGUGAUGCUAACACCUUCAUUAUCUGUCCUUUUGUUGCCGUAUGAUGAAAUGAAAGCACAACAAAUGACAUCACAUGCUGCCUCUGGCCACAGUCGUGCUUUCACACAAUUGAAGCCUUUUGCUCCUGAUGGUAUAAUUCCGACUACAAGCAGCGAUUUGCUAUUGGACCCCACAAAUACAGAUAUUUAUUUAAGUUCCACUACAUCAGAGGUGGUGGUUGGACUGGUGGAAAAUGUAGAUGGAAACUAUGCAUCUAGUUCAGACUCCUCACUGUUUUUGCCUUUUGAUACUACUUCAGAAGGGUCCUCUGUUCUUAUGAGACAGCUGAAUGAGGAUAGCCAAGUUACACCAGAUGCUUUGGCAAAAAGUACUGAUCAAUACACUGAAGCUUACCCUGAUGUGAAUAGCGAUGCAACAGAAACUUUUGAUCUAAGGACCUAUUCUGUUGCAAGCAUUUCUAGGGCAGCACCUGUUUUGGUAACUAGCAUGGAGCCUGCUUUGUUUUCAAUUAGUCUUCCAUAUGUGUCUUUCCCAGUUCACUUAGCUGCUGGUUCCACUGACUCUGAUACUUCUGUUACUGAUGACUUGUUUACACAUGUAUUUUCCCAUAAAUCCUCCAGUACAACACCAAAUUUGCCUGGCAAUUUAGAAAUACCAAGUCAAGUUGAGCUCUUCAGUGAGUUCGUAAGCCCAGUGCCUUUCACUAGACCUUAUGCUUCAUGUUCGAACUGUGGCUUUGCCUCAGUUCCACCAGAACAAGGCUUUUCAGCAGGACACACAGAACAUGAUGUGGGUUCGGGUGAUUAUAUUGAAACAUUGUCAUUCACAGCCUCUGAGGAAAAAGGCUUUACUCCACUUACAACUGUAGUUACUGAAUUGUAUGAACUGGAAGAGUCAACUCCUGAAAUCUUCGAUACUACUUUUCCAUCAAGACCUGUUGUUUCAUUUUCUUCAAGACGUAUAGAAGUCUCUGAAUCAAACUUGUCUUUUUCAAAUAGUGUGGAUGUUGGUCUUAACAUAAUGAGUACAACAAUAUUUCCUUCCUACAGACAGCCCUCUGAGGGAAUGUCAUUGGAUAUCACUUCUGUUCAAUUCUCCUUCCCUAUUACUGAAACUGUUACUUUAACAUCUGGUGUUAAAGCAAAACCUUCUGUUAUCACCAGCGUUCUCCUUGAAUCCAUGUUUACCACAAGUGAGAAUGUACCAUCAGUUACAAUCAAACAUAUAGGCCUGCUGGAAUCACCUGAAUUUAUGCCCUCAGAAUCUGUACUUUUGCUUGACAAAACACCUGCAAGUGUUUCAACAGACAAAUCAUCUGUAAAUAUUUCAGAUUUUUCAUCCAACCUUUUAUCAACACCAUUUCUCUCUGAAACUAGCAGCUGGUCAUCUUUAUCAUCUGCUGUAUCAACCUUUUAUUCAAGAAUGCCAAGUGAUUUAUCAACGCUAUUACCUCAGGUCUUCCCUACACUGCUGGGGACAUCAGUAGUUUUUGAUGAUUCCUCUAGUUGGGAUUCAACUGAGUUUCCUGCCAUUGACAGCACAAGCAUAGAGGUUUCUCAUCUCUCUCCCUGGCAGACUUCAUACCUUUAUUCAAAUACGUUUUCUGUUCCAAACACACACAAUCCUGAAGUGAUAUCAUCAAGUUUUUACUCUUCCAUGUUACUAGAAGGAACAUCAGUCUUGCUAAUGGGUUCUGAAGUUUCGUUUACCUCAGUUUUCACAGAAGCUACCUCUCAGUUAGAGUCUUCACUCUUCUCCCUUGAAUCAGCAGUUCCUACACUGGUGCUGUCCAUUUCUGACUCAGAAUCUAUUCUCACCAGCAAUAUCUUGGUUGAUGAAACACACUUGACCUCAUGUCAGACAACUCCUGUCUUAAGUGUAUCUUUGUCCCUUCUCUCAACUGUUACAACUUCAGAUGAGGAUACUGGUGCUACUGCUAACCACACGUUACUUUUAACAUCUCUUUCCAAGGCAACUGCUAGUACAGCACAUGUUAUAACAAAUCCACAUACACUGUUGUUGCACACAGAUGUGAACAGCAUUACUGCUUCACCUAAAGAGUCCAUUUCUGUGGUCACAUCAUUUGUACCUACACAGCUGCCUCCCUCCAUAAACACUUCCACUGAAUUUGGCACACAAACAAAAAUUAGUGUAACUGAACUUACCAAUAGAACAAGUGCUACUAGUGCCACUACUACCACCAUUAGUAGUAUAUUUGGCCAUCAUACAACUACUGAGAGCAACUCAAUUACUUCCUCAUCCCCUUCUACUGCUGUAGUGGCCACGACUCCAUCUGAAGCUAUAAUUAUCACCUCUGCCAUGACCACAACCCGACAACCAUAUGUUUGUGACAUCACGAUUCCCGAUACUUACUUAGUCAUGGCUGUGCUGGCCCGCAGAGCUGUGCUAGAAAAUGUCAGUAAUUCCAUCAAAGAAGUGCUGAGAGUUCAGUUCAGGCGAUCAGUAGAACUGGAGGUUUAUAAAAUUUCCCCAAAAUUCUCUUUCUUGGUGACAUCGGGUCCUUUUGUUUACACGGCAAUAGCUGUCAUAAAUGUGCUUAUGAACAGCAGCCUUCUACGUGGUCAGGCCCCUGUCAUCCUGUCACUGCAGCCUUCUUUCACCAUGCCAGAUCCCAGGUUCCAAGUUCACACAGUGCUUCAGUUUGUGCCUCAAAACGUUGAUACUGGCUUCUGCAACUUCAGCCAGCGCAUUGAAAAAGGGCUGACAAUGGCAUUCAUGGAGGUGAGAAAACAUCACCAGGAUAUCUACAACUUCACAGUGCAGAUACUGAAUAUAACUCUGAGCAAGCCUCGUGUGGCAUUUCGGCAAGGCCCUGUGAACAUUGUCUUUGCCAUUCAGGAUACAUAUGGAUUCUUGAAUGGAUCUGAAAUCAGUGAGCUGCUGAGGAACCUGUCUGUGGUAGAGUUCAGUUUCUACUUGGGCUUUCCUGUGCAGCAAAUUGCUGAACCCUUUCAUUACCCUCAACUCAAUGUGUCUCAAUUGAUGAAAUCUUCCUGGGUGAGAACAGUUCUCUUGGGUGUCGUCAACCAGCGAAUUCAGGAGGAAGUGUUUCAGGCUGAGAUGGAGCGGAAAUUGGCUCAGCUGUUAAAUGAGGCUUUGACCGGAGGGCGAAUAUGGAAACGAGCCACGUUUGCCGGCAACAACAUUGUGCAGAUUGUCAACGUGUCACGGCUAGUGGGUGCUGAUAACCCUGUAGAACUCAUCUAUUUUGUGGAAGAUCAAACUGGAGAGAGGCUCAGCGCUGUAAAGUCUUCAGAUCUGAUUAACAGAGUUGACAUCCAGAGAGCCGCUAUCAUUCUUGGAUACCGCAUUCAAGGCACAGUUGCACAACCUGUGGAUAAAGUGAAAGAGUCAUCAUCUGAGUCCCAGAAUAACAAUCUGUGGAUUAUUGUUGGUGUGGCAGUCCCACUGGCUGUGGUGCUGCUUAUCAUUAUUAUUUUAUACUGGAAGCUCUGCCGAACAGACAAGUUGGAGUUUCAGCCAGACACCAUGAGCAAUAUUCAGCAGCGACAGAAGCUACAAGCCCCCAGUGUGAAGGGGUUUGAUUUUGCUAAGCAGCAUCUGGGCCAGCACAACAAAGAUGAUAUCCUAAUCAUUCAUGAGCCAGCUCCUCUUCCAGGACCUCUUAAGGACACUACCCCUUCUGAAAAUGGAGAUGUGCCAAGCCCCAAAUCAAAGACUACUUCAAAGCCUUCAAAGAAUGUUCGACACAGAGGGAGAGUUUCCCCUUCAGAUGCUGACUCCACAGCGAGUGAACAGUCCAGUGGGAGAGAGACAGGGGAAGAAACCGCAAGACCACCAACCACUGCCAAUGAGGGCAAACCACGCAGAGCUCCAAAGAAUGGAGCAAACAGAGUGGGACCUCCGCAGACCAGUAGUGGAAACGAGCAGCACUCCUCGGCCUCUAUCUUUGAGCAUGUGGACAGGAUGUCUCGUUCCUCAGACGCAAGUAGACGGGUCCCCAGCAAGAUCCAGUUGAUUGCCAUGCAGCCAAUCGCAGCCCCUCCAGCUCAGAACCCAGCACUGUCUGACCGAGUAGCAGAGUCCAACAAAAUUAACAAAGAGAUACAAACAGCUCUGAGGCAUAAGUCUGAGAUCGAGCAUCACCGCAAUAAGAUCCGUCUUCGAGCCAAGCGCAAAGGCCACUAUGAAUUUCCAGUUGUGGAUGAUGUGAUGGUUGUUGACGCCAAAGAGCAGCAUAGAAUAUACCGCAAAGCGCAGAUGCAGAUUGACAAGAUCUUGGACCCUGGGGGCAACGUGCCUACUGUUUUUAUAGAACCCAGGAAGAGUUCACGUGCAAAACGUUCUCCCAAGCAGCGUCGGAGACAUCAGAUAAAUGGAAGCCCUAUUGAUGCUGAGAAGGACAGGUUAAUCACCACUGACAGUGAUGGGACAUACAAAAGACCACCAGGAGUCAAUAAUUCUGCAUAUAUUUCUGAUCCUGACCUGCCUGCCGAACCACAGACACCUUCUUCUCUUGAUCUCGGGAAGUACCCAGGCUUGCCUCCCCACCCAGCCUCUCAGUACAUCCCUCCACAGCCAUCCAUUGAAGAGGCCCGGCAGACCAUGCAUACUCUCUUGGAUGAUGCCUUUGCCCUGGUGGCUCCCAGUAGCCAAGCAGCCAGUUCCACUGCCAUCACAUCACCUGGGGUCUCUGCGGGACAGCCGGUAAACAACACUCCUGCUCGAGCAGGGAGGGGAACCACAUGCCCCCAGUGGGGAUCACCAUAUGGUCCAGCCCAGGCAGUAAACAACCCAUUUAGUAGAUACGUGGAAUUUGGAAUGACUCCUCCAACAGCGCCAGGUCUGCUGCAGAGGCAAAGUUUUGGCCCGGGUUUCCUUCAGCCUCCAGAGUUAAUGCACCCAGACCAACAACAAUCUGAUGUUCAGUAUUCCUCCAGAGGGCUAUACCCAGAAGAAAUGCCAUCGGUGGCACGGCCACGACCAGUUGGAAGCACUGCAGGUUCUCAGAUACAGCACCUCACUCAGGUGGGAAUUGCUAGCAGAAUUGGAGCCCAACAUGUGGAGAUUCCCUCAGUCAGAGCAGGGCAUGGCCAGCCAGGGGGACCAGGGUGGCCCCAGUAUCGUGGAGAGGAUGAAUGUGCUAGGAGAGAUGCAACACAUAUAUAUGGACAUCAAGAAUAUUCCUCCUCACCAGUGUUCCAGAUGCAGAGGACUUCGGCCAGACAGCCCUCAGCACCACCUGCUCAUCUUCCACACAGCAGCCUUCAGGGACAGGGGCUCUGCUACACCACCAGUUCCAAUGAGGACCUCCAAACUGGUCACUCCUCAGCAUCUCUCAUAAAAGCAAUUAGAGAGGAGCUUCUGCGACUCUCACAGAAACAGACAACAGUUCAGAACUUUCACAGCUGAUUUGUCAUGCUCUUGCAAAUCUGCCAGGUAUCUGCUUCCUAUGGAAGCAAGACUCAAAGGAAAUCAGCAACGUUUUUCUUCUGUCAUCAGAGUAAACUUCCACAGCGUCAGAGAUUACACUUCAGAAAAGAGCAGCAAAAGAAGGAGAGAGAGAGAGAGAGAGAGAGAGAUUUGUGUGGAGGCAGGGAGAGGGAGGCCAAAGUGGUGUUGUCAGAGCUGGCUAUCCUGCUUAAUCUGUUAGCAUUCUGUGCCCCUCUUUGGUUUGAUCUAAUGAACAAAAUAAAAUUUUAGGUCAAAAGCUAACCCUAAAAAAACACACACACGCACACAAAACCCCCACCAAGAAUAGUAGACGGUGAGACAUCUUGCUUAAAGAAGAAGGCAAAGCGUUCCUGUUACCAGCAAGAUGGACUGAAUUAACAUUUGAUGAGAGAUUACAAGAAUUCUAACCUCUCCAGUGUUUUUAGUGAAGUGGCUCGUGUUGCUGCUUUGAGGGAUUAUAAACUAUAUAGGAUCGGAGACAUUGAAGGUGUGAUCCAGAAUAGGAAAUCACCUUAAUGACAAUAACAGUAAGACUACUUGGGGGGGAAAAAAAGGAUUUCUGAGCUACUUGUAACAAACCAGAACAAUAAUUGUUAGAGCUCUGUGUUUUCAAAUGGAGCUACUCUCUGCACUCCUCCUCGUUUUUCUUCUGGUGCUGAAGCUUCAAGUGUCCCUUCAUCUUCAUGUUUGCAAAGUAGAACCAUGGCCUUUUUAAACCAAGAAUAUAUCCGGAAACUCAUUCAGAGUGGAAAAGCAAAUUGUCCAAAAAGAAAAGGCUGGAUAUUUAUUUUGUUAAAAAUACAUUGAAAUCUAGUUGAGAAUUCUUAGUCACAGUUGAAUUUUGGAGCAUAAGUAUGUAUGUUUGUCUUCUAAACAUAAAUACUCUCAUACUAUAUGCUUUCACAAGACAAGGGAUAAAAUAUACUAAUCUGUCGUUUGCUGUGUGACCAGAAAGCAAGCCAGCCUGGGUGAUGCAGGAUCACCAGCACUAGUUAUACAUUUACCAUAAACCACAGCUUACGUUGGGAUCUCAGUCAUAUCUAGUAAAACUGAAUCUUACAAAAGAUAAAACUUGGGGCAAAGACAUUUAGAAUAUUAACAUAAGCUUAGAUUUGUUGUUUGAGACAGUUAUUUUAUUUCUAUCUGUUCCUACUGUCCCCAUGGAUGAAGGGGCACAGUAAUGAUGGUACAUGUCUUGGAGUAUCUGUCAUUAUUUUUCCAGUUUAAUUUACAAUUAGCUAUGAGUUUACUAAUAUUUGGCCAUUGCACAAUUGUAACCUGCAUAAUACAAGUGAAAAUUCUAACUAAAUUUUGUUUUGUUGGAGUAUUUUUAUUUUUAACUUGCAUCAAAUUAAAGCUAAAAUGGUGGCAUAGAGAAAGUGUAGGUUAAUAUUGGUCAGGAGGCUUAGGAGUCUCUCACUGAGACAGUGAUGUUCUUGACUACUUGAUACUAGGAGUUGGGAUUUUCAAACAGAACCAAAGGGUAGUAAUGAAUGGUCUGAACUAUGGACCACAAAAGGGGUCACCAAGCAGGUGGCUUUGGGGUAUGUCUGAGUCUGCCUCAUAUAGAUACCUUAUUUGGCUGAUACUUGAGUCAGCAUUGGUAUAGUAUGCAUAGAUAGCAUUGCUAUGGUAGGGUAACUAUGAGGCUAUGCACUUGCAGUCUAAGUGAAAUUCUGAGGUUUAUAAUCAAUCCCCCAGCCAGUGCUCCAAGCCUUCAUGAGCCCAGAUUGAAUUUAAUCCUGAUGCCUGUAUGGUUGUGACCAGCAGAACCAUCAGGUCACUGAAUUUUUAUAUUUUUUAAAAUAUAUUAAUGAGACAUUCUUCAAGUUUUACCUGUUGACUUAGUGUAUAACAUGUCAUUCCUGGUACAAACAUAAUGGAUGAAACAUUGGUUUCAUACAAUGGUUUGUAAAAGCAAACCCUAUGGAUGCUUUAAAGAGAGACUUUCACACUGAAGCAAAUUUGAAAAACAAGAGCAUUAGCAGCAUGAGAAAUGUACUUGGGACAGUAUUUGUAUGUUUUGAUAUUACUGAAGACUGUUUAUUGGGUAUUUCAUUAAAAAUUCUGUCCUUCACAGCCCAGAUUCUCCUUCUAGAACCUGAAGUGAAGUCUAAUUACUGCGCUUCUGACAUCACUCUGCUUAUGGUAUCAUUAAUACAUUGUGCUGUUAAUACAUGAUCAUUGGUACAUUGUGCAAUCAUUCAUAUAGUGUUCUGAGUUCACUCCAGGAGAAAAUGGGCUGUUGGGUGUAAAAUCUUUAUUAAAUGCAAAUACUGCAACCAGCAAACAUAAGUAAGAAUUAUGGAAGAAUAGCUCUGAAAUGGAUGGGAGAAUAGGUGAUUUAUGCUAUACCCUCACUGUAGCAUGUGGAGAGAACAUUGGAGUAAAUCAUCAGUUGUAGGGAUGGGGAAACAAGCACUUUUUCUUCCCAGUUUAAACACUGUGAACAACUUGAGAAAGGUGAAGGAUUUAAGUUAGUCUGUUAAGCUUUCUCUAGUAUGAAAGUCCCUCUUUAAGACCUGAAGCGUUCAGAGAGAAGUACAAUGGAAAACACAUGUAACAGUUUUGAGCCCGAGUACCGCUCUCAGACCUGCUAGAGACCUUAUUUGCUAUUCACCAUCUAUAUAUGGUCCUCUGUCUCCCAAUGCCAUUUAAAACCCUCCAUAUAAGAUGUCCAAUGCUUCACUCAAAAGAAUGGCCGUAACACAAAGGGGUUGUGUACAGACUUUCUGCAACUGCUGAAUUGUUGAAGAUUUAGGUGGUUCAUGUGCUGCAAGAAAAGAGCACUGUCUGAAACAUAUGGGCCAAGAUGUGUGUUUCCUCUUUAGAAUCCAGGCAAAUGAUCCAGUACUAAUCAUGUAUAUGUUUACCAACCAAUUGUAAUGUUUUUAGUCACCUUUAAAGAGGAAACCUGAGAAGGAAAACAGAGUGAGUUUCAAGAUGAGGGAGAUUGGUUACCUAGGCCAACUAGGUGUCUGGUUUUGUCACUUGUCCUUUUUAUUGUACUGUUGUAUUACAGCUUUGUGGACAAACAAAGGGUAAAAUAUAAAGCAUAUGUUAAUGAAUCUCAUCAAUCCCAUUGAUCACUUGGCUAGUACGUACAUGCAGAAGAAGCAGUGUUACCAAUGCUUAUAUUUUAAUUCCAUGGUUACACCAUUCUAUUUUGUAGAAGCCUACACGCUCUCAUAACCCUUCACAACUUUCCAUGAAUUAUUAUUUGUAUAGUCAGUGGUUAAUUUGGAAUAUACAGGUGAAAGAAAGAAACUGGCAAAAUGAAAGCUAGAUUUUUUUUUUGUCAAAGUGCUGACCUCUAGCCUGUUUGAUACUUAGUUGUUGGAACUAACUGAAAUAUUUUAGACCUACGCUUUAUGUAAUUGAUCGCAUGGAGGUUGUCAUGUGUUUCCCAUGCCUCCCUAUGAUACAACAUAAUUCACAAGGAGAUUAUACUAAUAGUCCAGUGAUAGUUUCAAAGAUAGUUUUGCUUAGGAAACACUGCAUAGCUUCUGUGAGCGUGUGAUUCAGAAAAGGGAACGUUGAUGGACAGAUAGGCUUCAUAGCAGGAAGUAUUUAAAAUCUGGACUUCAGGGGAGAGGAGAUAUUUCAAAGACCAGUCCUCUUGCUCCAGUGUCAGGACAGUUCGCAGCAAGGAUUCAUAUCCAGUGUUUGGAGGUUGGCAGCUUCACCCAGGGUGCUCACUUUUUACUUCUACAUUCAGACCAAGACUUUUGAAAUUAAGCCCCAGAAGUUCUGCUCCUAUGUCCACACUUAUUUAGGUGUCUAAGUAUGGAUAGAGGAGCAUAAAUUUAGGCUCCCAUUUUUGAAAGUCUUGCCACCCCUGUGUCUUGGGCAUCUUUUGCCUAUUUCUAGUACUUUUUAUACUAAAUGUAAAGAGGAAAAGGAAAUUUUGUACAUUACUAUCACCAGCCUCUUGAUAUUCACGUGUUCCAGUGUGGCUAGAGAGUAAAGCUUCAGGAAGGAAGGGGAAACCUAAAUUUAGAAAGGAGAAUUUUCAAAGCAGUUCUAUGGUUCAGAAGCAUGGAGAGGACUUGGCUGCUGGGUGCCUGGUCUCCCCUGUGCAUGCAGAACAUUCUUUGAAGUGCAGUUCAUGUCAGAAAAAUGACUGUAAAAAUUCAUGCUCAGCAAAUCUGCUCCUCAUGUACAUUCAGUCAGAUCUUCCUCUAGUGUCAGAAGUAAAAGUGUGUUUUAUUUUUGUGUUACUUUUUACUUCUUGUAACUCUGUAGAACCAAUACAGCUCUGGUAGAGUGAACUGGAUUCUGCUGCUGCUCACAUGUCAACAGAAUCAUUGAGUAUAGCUAUGCUACAAACAGAAAAGGUUUUUCAAUCGAUGUAUUUAAUCUGCUUCUACGAGAGGCAGUAUGCAGGUCAACAGAAGAACUCCAUCUACACCGGGAGUUCAGGUGACCUAGCUGUAUUGGAUAGGGCACAACAUUUUCCAGGGCCCUUGGCAACAUAGCUAGGUUGAUCUAAUUGUUAAGUGUAGCUCAGGCUUGAGUUCCAAUAGUUGAUCCAUUUUCUAUCCCCGUACACCAGUGCAACUCCUCUGAAAACCAUUGUGUUGCAGAGAUGUGAAUGAGGGUUAAAUUUGGCCCACAGAUCUUUUGUUUCAGAGUAGCAGCCGUGUUAGUCUGUAUUCGCAAAAAGAAAAGGAGUACUUGUGGCACCUUAGAGACUAACAAAUUUAUUUAAGCAUAAGCUUUCAUGAGCUACAGCUCACUUCAUCGGAUGCAUGCAGUGGAAAAUACAGUGGGGAGAUUUAUAUACAUAGAGAACAUGAAACAAUGGGUGUUACCAUACACACUGUAACCAGAGUGAUCACUUAAGGUGAGCUAUUACCAGCAGGAGAGCGGGGGGUGAGGGGUGGGACUUUUGUAGUGAUAAUCAAGGUGGGCCAUUUCCAGCAGUUGACAAGAAUGUCUGAGGAACAGUGGGGGGGGGGUAAACAUGGGGAAAUAGUUUUACUUUGUGUAAUGACACAUCCGCUCCCAGUCUUUAUUCAAGCCUAAAUUAAUUGUAUCCAGUUUGCAAAUUAAUUCCAAUUCAGCAGUCUCUCAUUGGAGUCUGUUUUUGAAGUUUUUUUGUUGAAGAAUUGCCACUUUUAGGUUUGUAAUUGAGUGACCAAAGAGAUAGUGUUCUCCGACUGGUUUUUGAAUGUUAUAAUUCUUGACAUCUGAUUUGUGUCCAUUUAUUCUUUUACGUAGAGACUGUCCAGUUUGACCAGUGUACAUGGCAGAGGGGCAUUGCUGGCACAUGAUGUGCUAGCCGGAGAACAUCCAGUCUGACUUUCAGAUCCCAGGGUGAGUUUACAGGUAUGUGGAAUUGACUGAGGAACAGGAAACAUGGAACCCAACAAUUCCUUUUUAAAGAGUCACUCCCCAGAACAGAAGCUCAAUUGAGAGUUCUGUUGAAGGCCAAUGGACAGAAAAGUGACUUUAGGGCACUUACUCUAGAACAGCACGCUAAAGGUCUCUGCCUAUGUAGCUUGCAGGGCUGCAGUAUUUAGUUUUGGUUUUGUGUGUUGUUUACUGAUGACUUAUUUCACAUUUAAAGCAAAUAUUUCUCUUGGAAUUGCUAACCCUAUUUAGUUUUCAGUAGUUCUUGCUCCAUAACUGGAUGUUUAUGUUCAGACUACUCCUCCCUAUUGCCUUGAUCAGUAUGUUUGAAUGGAUGAAGUGAAAGUUUUCUUCAGCUUAUGUAUGCUAAACUGCUAUGAAAAUGUAAUGUGGGUUUUUUGGUUUCGUGUUAUUUUAGCCUUGUGACUGCUGUUGGUAGUUACUUAGCAAAGUUUCAGUGAAAUGAAAAUCGAGAGGAUGGAAAAGAGACUGAGGACUGAGAGUUGUCAGGUUUCCUGUGGAGCUAUAUUUGUGGCACUCCUGUGUCAUGUUCCACUGGCCAUUUCCUUAAGGUUUUUCCUGUCAUUUCUGAGGCAAAGACAGAAUUGGCUUCUCUGUCAGGCUGUUUAUUUUUUAGUGUCCUGUGAUGUGUGUAAUUUGAGAGCAAUAGCUAGAUUUACCAUAGACUGCGACCUUGCUUUUCCUUCUACUGGUAUACAAAACAAAGUAUCGUUAUAUACAGCAAUACAUUAACCUUGUUCUGGAUUUAAAAGACAGACCUGGAUGAAGUGUGGUUCUGUAGUUAAAAGAAAACAUUGAAAUAGUAAUAAAGCAGGAAAUUAUUGAGCAUUGGCAACAGGAAAACAGCAGAUGGAGUUGUGAAUUAAGCCACCAUCUGUGGCAGUUUAAAAGAUGUAGCUUUGUUGUCAAAUCUUAAACCAAUUAAAGGGUUAUCAGCUAUGAAUGAUUCUGGCACUUAAAAUAGUGGAAUAGCAAACAAACUUAUGGAUUGAUUGGUAUAGGAUAUAUUAAACUGUGUGACCCUGAUUAAAGUGACACCAGAUAAGUUGGGAACAGAUAUUUAUAGAGCACAUUUUAUCAAAAGUUCCCAAGUAUUGUGACAUUCAUAAACCCAUUUACAAACAGGGAUAAGUUCUGUACUCAUUGCAACAUUUCCACUUCUGCGGUUGAAGGUGGGAACCUUUACACAACACAUUACAACCAUUCAGGAUACAAAGUGAAGAAUCCCCUGUUCAGUGCAAACUACAGGGGAGUUUCACCUAAUUGGAAUUUAGGCAGGAUGCUGGUUCCAAUCAUCUUGCUCUGGUGAAAAGUGUAGUAGGAUUUUUAGUGACCACAAGUGUUGAAGGAUAUUUGUCCCUUCAGAAAGAGAGCAUCUCCAGCAACACAGUGCGCCCUAACACUAUUCAAAGGUGUUGGUUCAGAAUAGGUGGGGAGAGAAAAACAUGCACUUCCUGAAAUCACCAUUACUACUUCCUGCUGCAUUCUGAGGUGGGAUUUCGGAAGCAGUCAGCACUGAAGCCAGUGGGAGUUUUAAUAUUGACUUCUAUGGGAACAGAGUUGAGGCUAGUGUGCAGAGCACAUUAGAAAAUCCCACUUCUAUUUGCCCAUGAAUAUCUCAUCCUUAGCAUUGCUCAGCCUCAGGCCUGCUCAGCUUUUGAGAUACGACAGAAUGGCAGCCUGAGUGGUAAGGCUAACUUGAAAUAUUGCACUUACUAGAGCAUUGGAGAGUCAACUGAAUAUUAAAAGGUUUCAGAGUAGCAGCCUUGUUAGUCUGUAUUCG